CAUCACCGAGGCCUGUGUUUGCCCACCCUGUCCAUUCCUGUCCAGCCUGAGCUCCCUGCUCUCAUGUUUUGAAAGCGUUCAGGGCGGAGACAGUUCACCAUGUCCACCGGGUCUCUCAGCGAUGUCGAUGACGAGCUCCUGGACGGCAUCCUCAAGUUUGGUUCAUCCGGUAAGGACUCCAACGAGAGCACGGAGGAGAGCUCCAACUGCGAGGGCACUGCAAACGAUGAACGGAGAGGCGCGCCGGGCAAGAAGAGGAAGACAGCGUCUCGGAAAUCAGGAUCCAAGGGUGGGGCACCGCAGGAGGGCAAGCAGGUGCAGAGGAAUGCAGCCAACGCCCGGGAGAGAGCCAGGAUGCGCGUCUUGUCCAAAGCCUUCUCCCGGCUGAAGACUUCUUUGCCCUGGGUACCCGCGGACACCAAGCUCUCCAAACUGGACACACUGCGCUUGGCGUCCAGCUACAUUGCGCACCUCCGGCAGAUUUUGUCCAACGACAAAUAUGAAAACGGAUAUAUUCACCCUGUUAACCUGACUUGGCCUUUCAUGGUUGCAGGUAAGCCGGAGAACGAAUUGAAGGAAAUCCUGAGCACAACAAGGCUAUGUGGAACAACGGCAUCUUGAUUCAAGCCAAAUGGACAACUCUACGCCUUUUUAAAUGAACUAUGGUUUUUCCAAGAAGAACAAGAAGAAGAGGAGGAAGAGGAAGAAAGAUUGUGACAGAAAUUCACGUGUCAUCUCUGCAGACUUUGAGUGGGAAUACGGAGUCAGGGUCUCCUCUCUCCUUCAUUCCCGUAAAAACCAAAUUUUAUUUAAAUGCAUUCUGUCAGUCAUUUGUCUUUGCUGGUUCAAAGAUAAACUGCGAGCUUU